GCUCGACGUUGUUGCGUUUGUUCUCGCAUUCCGUCCCGUUGAUUUUAUUUUCGAUUCGUCGCGUUUUGCACCGAGCAAUUUUCCGAUCGCAUACGCGCGAGGUAUCGACGAUUCCGACGCGGUCUGACACGUGCCUUUCCUCCACGCAAUUACGCGCUUACGUUAACGCAACGCGAUAUCGGCACAGCUUGCCGCAGUGAUUUAGGUUGCGCUUUGUCCGCAUUUGACGAAGACAACGUUUGAGUUGAAUAAUAUCUGCCGGGGAUAAAUUUAUUUUUUUCUUUUUUUUUUAUUGAUAGACACACCGUGUGUCGCGUGAGUGGCUACCAUUUUCUGUUUUAACCUCCAAUUUGUCGCGAGACUCGGCUGUCGGCCCAACAAAAUUCUUGAUUCCCGUUGGAAAAACAAGGAAGAGAAUCCUUCUAUACCGUAGAACAAAGAUUCGCACGAAAAAAUGCCACAGAACGAAUAUAUCGAGAGGCACCGUAAGCUCUACGGUCGCCGUUUGGAUUAUGAGGAAAGAAAGAGGAAAAGGGAAGCUCGCGCCCCGCACAAACGAGCCGAACAAGCCCGCAAGUUGCGCGGUCUGAAGGCCAAGAUGUUCAACAAAGAACGACGGAAUGAGAAGAUUCAAAUGAAGAAGAAAAUCAAAUCUCACGAGGAGAAGAAAGUCAAAGAAAAAGUUGACAAGCUGCCGGAAGGAGCGUUGCCUGUUUAUCUGCUGGAUCGUGAUAUCACCAAGCGCUCGAAAGUACUGUCCAAUAUGAUAAAGCAGAAGCGGAAAGAAAAAAUUGGCAAAUGGGACGUUCCCAUUCCCAAGAUCAAAGCGCUUUCGGAAUCCGAAGUUUUCAAAGUAGUGAGGAGCGGAAAGUCGAGGCGAAAGGCUUGGAAGCGAAUGCUGACCAAGGUGACGUUUGUCGGAGAGAAUUUUACAAGAAAACCACCGAAGUUCGAAAGAUUCAUCAGACCGAUGGCGCUGCGAUUUAAAAACGCGCAUGUUACUCAUCCCGAGUUGAAAGCAACGUUUUCUCUGCCAUUAAUUGGGGUCAAAAGAAAUCCGAGCUCGCCUAUGUACACGAGUUUAGGCGUAAUCACGAAGGGAACCAUUAUCGAAGUGAACAUCUCGGAAUUGGGUCUCGUGACGCAAUCGGGCAAAGUUGUGUGGGGAAAAUACGCGCAAGUUACGAAUCAUCCGGAAAAUGACGGAUGCAUUAAUGCAGUUUUGCUAGUAUAGAUUGGCAAUUGUUGUUUACUCACUGAUAUUAUAAUUUAUAUGUUGAUUGUACACCGACAAGUUCUUGGAAAUAAACAGAUUCGCAUAUGAAA